AUGGCACGAAUGCACAUUGAUCAAGCUUUAUCGCUUAUUAAAUCUGGCUCACGUAUAUUUAUUCAUGGUUGCGCUGGUACACCACAACAUCUCAAUCGUCUACUCGCUCAACAUGCAAGUAGACUUCGACGUGUCGAAGUCACGGGCAUUCUCGCUCUUGACAAUACAUUUACUGAUCCGAAAUUAAAAGACAGCUUUUUUGUCAACAGUCUCUUUGUAUCUGGUUUUGUUCGACCAUGUGUUGCUAAUGGUACGGCUUCAUAUAUCCCAGCAUUACUCAGUGAAAUGCCUCGUCUUUUCGAUGACAAUGUUCUACCACUCGAUGCUGCUUUCAUUCAAGUAUCACCACCUGAUAAACACGGUUAUUGUUCACUGGGUGUUUCAGUCGAAGCAACAAGAGCUGCUCUAAGAAAUGCAAAAAAGGUUUUUGCACAAAUCAAUCGUAAUAUGCCGCGUGUACAUGGUGAUACCUUUGUACAUAUGAAUCAAAUCGAUGCUUAUGUCGAACAUGACGAACCAUUGAUUGAAGUAGAUUAUUCAAAAGAAAUCUCGGACGUUGAACGAACAAUUGGAAAGCGUGUAGCGGAAUUGAUUGAUGAUAGAAGUACACUUCAAAUGGGUAUUGGAACCAUUCCUGAUUGUGUAUUGAAAUGUCUUGAAAAUCAUAAAGAUCUAAGUAUAGCAUCAGAAAUGAUAUCCGACGGCGUUAUGAAUUUAAUUCAAAAAGGUGUUGUAACGAAUCGUUACAAAAAAUUUCAUCCUGGAAUAACAACAUGUACCUUUAUAUUGGGUACGAAAAAACUUUAUAAUUUUGUGGACGAUAAUCCAAAUGUUAUUGUCUUGGAUGUUGGUAUAACAAAUGAUCCAACGGAGAUUCGUCGAAAUUCGAAAAUGUGUGCGAUUAACGCUGCUAUUGAAGUCGAUCUUACUGGACAAGUUUGUGCAGAUUCAAUAGGUCAAAUGCAUUAUUCAGGUGUUGGAGGACAAAUGGAUUUUAUGCGUGGUGCUGCAUUGAGUCACGAAGGGAAACCUAUUCUUGUUCUACCAUCACAAACAACAAAAGGAAUCUCACGCAUUGUUAAUACAUUAAAAGAAGGUGCUGGUGUAACAACAACUCGAGCUCAUGUUCAUUACGUCGUAACUGAAUAUGGUGUGGCAAAUUUGUUUGGUAAAAAUUAUCAACAACGAGCUAAAGCAUUAAUUGAAUUAGCUCAUCCGGACCAUCGUGAAGCAUUGGAUCGUGCUGCUCAUAAGCGUUUUAAGAAUCUUUAUUAA